AACUCCAAAACUCAUCUGCUUAAAACCUCUUCUAUCUUUCUGUGUCUGCCAACCAUUUCCAAUGUCCGAAUCCAAACCCAGUCCAACGCAGCCUUCAUCAGAUAAAGAAGUAAAGACACCAAAUUUGAUUGAAAGAGCAAAGGAAGAGAUUGGAGCAAUGUUGCAUCAAACAGACGAAUCAGAUCACCAUGGCAAGGAAACUCAUGGUCUGCGUAAAGACAUUGAUGAAAAGACCCCAUUAGAGGAAGUUAAAGCUCCAAAUGUGUUUGAGCGAAUGAAGGAGGAGUUUGAGGCUGUAGUUGAAGCAAUUCACCCUAAGAAAGAAUCUGAUCCAACUCUUGAAAUUAAAACGCAGGAGAAAGCUGAUUCAAAAUUAGAAACCAAUGGCAAGUCACCUAGAUUUUUAGACUAUGCCAAGGGAAAGAUGAAGACAAUCAUGCACCAUGACAAGUCGCCAAAGCUUCACAACAAAGAGACUCACGGAACAAGUGAUUACAUUGACAGUACUACCCCAGUGGAUCGCGUCAAGGCUCCCAAUGUCUUUGAAAGAGCAAAGGAAGAAAUCGAGGCCAUUGUCCAGACGAUUCAUCCCAAGAAAGAAGAGAAGAAUCCAGUCUCCUCACCCAAGAAUAAGGAAGAUGGAUAGGCAGUGUCAAUCGGAAAAGGGCUGGAGAGAGUGUGCUCUCCUUGCACUAACAACAAAGGCGGAUUUGGGGAGUCAAUCGGAAAAGGGCCGGAGAAAGUGUGCUCUCCUUGCAAUAAUAACAAAGACUAGUCUAGUUUGAUAAACUUGUAAGUUGUAAAAUCUUUUACUCAUUGUUAUCGACAUUUUAUAUACAGUUACUUACAUGAAAUGAAUAUGAAUACAACACACAUGGGAG